AUGCCCCCGCUGCGCCCUCCUAGUCCCCCCCCCCUGUGCGCACUGCACGCGCACUGCCAUCAGGAGCUGCUACCCCCGGAGGGUUUGGGGGUAGGCCCCAAGGGAGCGCUGAACAUCAAUGAAGUGGCGAUAGCCGUCGAGGAGCACAAUGAGUGGUUCGACAUUGUCAAGGGUGCCUUGCAGAUCGCCCUGGAGCGGCUUGCAUUGGCAGAGCAGCGCCUCAAGCAGCUCGGUGCAGGUGUUGCCAUUGGGGGUGACAAUGAGGGCCUCGUGGUCGCUGCUCCGCCACCGAAGCAGACUGUCACACAGAAGAAUGCCCUGCAGGGCGCCGUGCGGCUGUGUCUCAAGGUCUUCAUGGAGAUCAUGGACUCCGAGGCAUUGCCACAGCCACUGGAAAACGGCCAUUACUGGGAGGCGAUGACUAUGUCUUGGGGCAAGAACAAGACGGCCUGGCUCCUGGAUGACAUCCACCGGAUCAAGCGAAGUGGCUAUGAGUACAGUAACCACGACUUUGGGAUCACAACUCACGAUCAAAUGAAGAAGGCCAUGGAGAGCGUGUGGAAGACACUUAUCAAGAAGUGGACUGCGCAGAAUCCAACACUGAAGAAGCAGGCAGAGAGGGUUGAGUUGAACCAGAAGAAUCAACACAAGGUUAUGGCUUACCUGUGA